UGUAGAAAGGAAAAAUAAGUAAACAAUUAAUAAAGAAAAUGGAGCGCAGGGAAGGCGAAGGGGGGGAGGUUGUCGUCGCCGGAGGCCAGGCGGAGGAGGUUGCAAGUGGCCGGGAAAUGGAGCGCCUGGUGGUGAGGCAUGUAAUUGCGGGGACUCUAGGAGCAUCGUCGAGGAAUCGCGACUCGACGACGGCAGGAGGAGGAGGGGGAGAAGAGCAGGUGAUUAGGUGCGAGAGGUUUCUACCAAGGAGGUCCUUGAGGGUUUUGCUUGUUGAGAGUGAUGAUUCUACUAGACAUAUUAUCGCUGCUUUACUCCGGAAAUGUAGCUACAAAGUUGCUGCAGUUGCAGAUGGGCUCAAAGCUUGGGAGUUCCUAAAGGAGAAACACUACAAUUUUGAUCUUGUAUUAACUGAAGUGGUGAUGCCUUCUCUCUCUGGGAUAGGUCUUCUCUCCAAGAUCAUGAAUAAUGAGAUAUGCAAAAGUAUUCCUGUAAUCAUGAUGUCCUCACAUGAUUCCAUUGGCAUAGUGUUCAAAUGCAUGCAAGAAGGUGCUUCAGACUUUCUAGUGAAGCCAGUUAGAAAAAAUGAACUAAGGAAUUUAUGGCAGCAUGUUUGGAGAAAGUAUUCUUCUAAUAGUUCUGGAAAUUGGUAUGGAGGUGGUACUCCAAACCAGGUAAGAUUUGAGGCUGUGUCUGACAAUGAUGCUGCUAGUAAUCAUAGAAAUGCAAAUGCUGGCAACAAAUCCAAAACAGGGAACCGUUCUGAUAAAGAAAGUGAUACUCAGAGCUCAUGUAGUAAACCAGAGACUGAAAAUGAGAUUGUAAGGAAACCAGGGGAGUCUCUUGAAACUGAAAAUAGGAGUUUCCUCAAGGAAACUAAUUCAAUAUUAGAGAAGCAUGAAUAUAACAUGGUGACUGCAUCAUCAAUGCAUGAGAGGGGAAAAUCAGAAGAUAAAUCAACAAGGCUAGAAAUCAAAGUAUCAAAAACUGCUUCAAAUAAAGAGGUUUGGGAGAAGAACGGUAUUUAUUCUGGAUCCCUAUGCAGAGGGGAGUGGUCAACCUCCAUGAGAAAUAAAGAGGGUGCAGCCAACAAUCCUGAAUCUCUUGAUCAAACUGAGGGAACAAAGGAACCUCCAAGAGAGAUAAUUAACUUCAUUGGGGUGGAAACUUCUAAACAAUGUAGUUCUCCUUCUCCAGUCUUGGGAAAUAAUGAUAAUGGAAAGGUUGUUUUAUGUCAACCUGCAAAAUCUUUUGAUGCAAGGAGUAGAAUGUGUACUUCUGGUCCCUUUCCUUUGCGGGAGCUUUCUUUAGAACAUGUAAAGCAUCAGAAUGGUGGAGUUUUUCAGGAAAAGCAUGUACUUAAUCACUCUGAUGCGUCCCCAUUUUCAAGGUAUGCUGGUUCUAGGAUUCAUGUUUCCUCUUCAAGGUCAGGAUCUUCUUCUGCCAGUUUAUGCAUAAAAACCGAUGGCUCUAGUUCAGUAAAAUCUCACAUAAAUUCAAGUUCCAAUGAUGGGAAAAGUAUUUGCUAUUAUAUCUCAUCUUCUAGCAGAAAUGAAGAUGGAGAGCCUUCAUCAUCUGUUACUUUAAGGGAGGAUGCCUGUGUUGGUCAUUCUUUCACUGAGAAUAUUGUAUUUCCUUAUCCCCAACUUGGGUUCAUUCCACUUCCUGUUCCUGUUGGAGCAAUGCCUUUUCAGAAUUUAUGUGCUGGCUAUAACACUAUACUGCAACCAACUUUCUAUCAGGAGACUUCUACACUUCUAUGUGAGUCAUCUGAAAUGGGGAGACAAGAUGCAUUACAUCCACCCAACCAAUGUGUUCAUGACAAUCAUUUUACUAAUGAUUUCAAUAGUGAUACUUGUCACCACUGUGUGGAGAAUCCCCAUCCCCAUCGUUUGACACAUUCCAUCAAGGAAAGUGGAGACAAUAGUAAACCCACAUAUCCAAGAACAAUGUUUCCAAAACCUACUGAGAUGGCUGAUCAACUUGGUAUCUGUAACCAUGGUAUUACUGAUGCUAGUGGAAGCAAUGGGAGUGAUGAGGAUGCAAGUGCAGCUGCCAACACAGGAAUUUCUGUGGAGAGUGGAAAUGAAGAUGGGUUCCGAAACUGCAAAGGGAAAGUAUUAGAACGUGACUGCUCUCGACGUGAGGCUGCAUUGAUUCGAUUCCGCUUGAAACGAAAGGACAGAUGCUUUGAGAAAAAGGUUAGGUAUCAUAGUAGACAAAAGCUUGCAGAGCAACGCCCACGAUUGAAAGGGCAAUUUAUUCGUCAAUCAGUUGCUGAAUCAACUGCUAUUACUGCAGAAGCAGAAAGUUGAGUUAAAGAUAAUGUAUUUUUUAAAUAUUGUGAAAGUUUCAUAUCCACGAGUACAAAGUUAAAGGUAUGGGAGAAGGCCUUCUAACUUUAUACAAAAAACUUCUAAAUUGGUAGUUUUUUUUUUUUUUUCAUUUGGUCCCUAAAAUGAUGGGUUCCAAAUCCCAGUGAUUGAUGUAUUUAUGUUGAACAUGCUCACAUGAUAUAUUGAAAUAUUAAUUAAUUGUGAAAA